UGCCUCCAUGUGCGAACGUGAUAUCAACUAGCGUUAGCACAGAGAGAGAGAGAGAGAGAGAGAGACUACCGUGUGAACAGCGAGGACGCAACCACACGUAUCUUCUGUUAUAUUAAAACCGCUGAAGAAGUGUUCGCCUAAAAAGGGCCGGCGAAGGUUCAUGCUGGUGCGCUCGGCUCGGCCGCUCCUCUCCCUCCUCCGCCGCCCGCCCGGCGCCCCGUCGGCCCGCCGCACGUCUCGGUGCCGUCCGGGUCGCACCGGGCCGAGCUCCAUGGAGGCCCUGAAUGAGACCCCCGAGGUUCCCGCUACGGAACACGCGGCGAGCGAGGAGGCGAGUCCCGCGGGGCGGCUGCCCGGGGAGACGGUGGUCAAGGAGGGCAAGGCGGCCAUCUUGUUUCCCAAUGCCAACGAGGUGUUCUACAACCCGGUCCAGGAGUUCAACCGAGACCUGACAUGUGCCGUGAUCACAGAGUUUGCCAGAGAGCUGCUGGCUCAGCGCGGCGUGAAGCUGGUGGUGCCGGGCGAGGAGGUGGAGGAGAAGGUGGAGGUGGAGAACGGAGCCGAGUCUCCGACCGCGACGGCGUCGGUGGGGGAGAAAUGCGAGCGUGGGCUCCGUGUGCUCGAGGGUCUCUCGGCGUCCGGUCUUCGCUCGGUCCGCUUCGCCCUGGAGGUUCCGGGUCUGCAGAGCGUCACCGCCAACGACUUCUCCACCAAGGCCGCGGCGCUGAUCGCCCGGAACGUGGAGUACAACGGCGUCGGCCACCUGGUCAGCGCCAGCUGCAGGGACGCCAGCAUGCUGAUGUACGAGAUGCGAGGGAAGAAGCAGCGCUACGACGUCAUCGACCUGGACCCCUACGGGAGCCCCGCCGCCUUCCUGGACGCCGCUGUGCAGGCCGUCGGCGAGGGGGGUCUGCUGUGCAUAACGUGCACAGACAUGGCGGUGAUGGCAGGAAACAGUGGAGAGACGUGCUACAGCAAAUACGGCUCGGUCUCCAUCAAAGCCAAGUACUGCCACGAGAUGGCUCUCCGUAUCAUCCUCCACGGCCUGGACCAGCGGGCGGGGGUGUACCAGCGCUACAUCCAGCCACUGCUCUCUGUCAGCGUUGACUUCUACAUCCGAGUCUUCGUACGAGUGUUCACAGGUCAGGCUACAGUGAAGAACUCCGCCAGUCAGCAGGCCCUGGUGUACCACUGCGUGGGCUGCGGAUCCUUCCAGCUGCAGAGGAUGGGCAGACGGACGAGCAACGGCAAACAUGUGAAGUACUCACCGGCCAACGGGCCUCCAGUUGGACCCGAGUGUGAGCACUGUGGACAGAGACACCAGCUGGGCGGUCCCAUCUGGGCGGAGCCUAUCCACUCCGUGUCCUUCGUCCAGAAGGUUCUGUCGGCCGUGGCGGGAAACCCGUCUCGCUUCGGCACGGCGAAGCGCAUCGAGGGCAUGCUGAGCAUGGUGACGGAGGAGCUGGAAGACGUUCCUCUCUACUACUCUGUGGACAGUCUGAGCAGCACCAUCCACACCAACACCCCCCCACUGCUGCAGUUCAGGUCUGCCCUCCUCCAUGCGGGCCACCGGGUCUCUCUCUCUCACGCCUGUAAGAACGCCAUCAAGACGAACGCUCCUCCCGCCGUCAUCUGGGACAUCAUGCGCUGCUGGGAGAAGUUGAACCCCGUGAGGAGGGAGAAGCUGUCGGAGACAAGCCCCGCCUUCAAGAUCCUCUCCACGGCGCCCAGCUCAGAAGCCUGCUUCACGGUGAGGGAGGACGCCAACCCUCAGUCCCGUAGGCGCCACCUGACCCGGUUCCAGGAGAACCCUCAGGCCUUCUGGGGGCCCAAAGCCCGCGCCAGAUCCGGUGGCGGUAUCGUCACCGACCUGCAGGACAAGAGUAAGAAGUUGCAGAACAAGAGGAAGAACUCGGAGCUGAAGAACAUUCACUGCAAACGGUUCAAACAGGGAACGUGCACACAUGGAGACGCAUGCUGCUACUCCCACGACCCGGAGACGCCCAGAGAGACGCCGCAGUGACGUCGGGACUCACUCUAGUGUUUAUUAUUUUAUUUCUGGAGUUUGGUGAACAAACAGAACGGGAAUCUCUGUUUUUACUAUUUUUUUCUUCUUGUUUUAGGAUCUUUUGUUCCAAUAAAGUCCUCACGCCCAAUUUAAA